AUGGCACAUAACCUGGCUCUGAAUUCCUUAUUCCCGCACUCCGUCUCCUUUGACCAUUUCGAGCCGGACUUGUACGACCAUUUCGAGCCCGUACACACGGAUCCGGACACCCUGGGAGUUGUCGCACGGGUGGGCGAACGGAUCCCUGUGCUCUCUGGGGUCUUUCAGCUGCUCCAUGAGUUGUCCGGAAACGAGGAGGCCCUCGAGCGCGCCAGACGAGCAGACCCCUUGGGCUCCAAUGGGGUGUUGACGCAUGCAGCAGAGCAUAUACCCUUGGUGAACUCGGUGUUGCAGGCGGUGCACAAAGAAAGAGAUGACAAAGAAGCCUUGGAGCGAGCGCAACUCCGGAAUCCCAUUGGAAGCCAAGGCUACUUGACCAAAGCCUUGGAACAUAUCCCCUUGGUCAGUGAUGGCAUGGUCGCUUAUCAUCGGUACCAGGGUGACGAUGUGGCCGCUGAACGUGCCAGAGGCUAUUCCGUGGAAAGGCUUUUCAGCCGAGAUGGUGCCAUUACGCGCGUCGCCGAGCUGGUGCCAGGCUCCAACCUGUUUGAACGCUUUGAGCGGGCCUUGAACCUCUAUGAAAGCUGGAGCGCCUUGGGCUCCGGAAACCCCGACAGCGGCUUGUGGCAAAUGGCGGAGCUGCUGCCGGGCGGUGAUGCCGUCGCCUUUGCCGUGCACUUGCAAUCCGGACACUAUGCACAAGCUCUGCGCACAGUGACCAAAACCAGCUGGGUGAAUGUGCAGACGCCCGAGCUGAUCUUUUCCCUUCGCUGUCAGAGUCUCACGCAUCUCUGGUGCGACAAGGCCAGAACAGCGUGCGGUUGGACGGCGAACGAGGUACUGUAG